CUUGUCGGCGGCAGUGUGGCGGGCCGCCACUGGGGGCGCUGUCGCACGCUCGCUCUAGCCAUAAGCGCAGUGAGAGGUGCAUGAAAUGGGGAAAAAUGGCGGAUCAUGUGCAGGGCCUCGCCCAGCUGGAGAUCCUCUGCAAGCAGCUGUAUGAGACGGCCGACACGGCCGUGCGCCACCAAGCGGAGAAAGCCUUGGUGGAGUUCACCAACGGGCCCGACUGCCUCAGCAAGUGUCAGCUGCUGCUCGAGAGAGGAAGCUCGUCGUACUCGCAGCUGCUGGCGGCCACCUGCUUGUCCAAACUGGUGUCGAGGACCAGCAACCCCCUCCCCCUGGAGCAGCGCAUCGACAUCCGGAACUACGUGCUGAACUACCUGGCCACGCGGCCCAAGCUGGCCGCCUUCGUGACGCAGGCGCUCAUCCAGCUGUACGCCCGCAUCACCAAGCUGGGCUGGUUCGACUCGCAGAAGGACGACUACGUGUUCCGCAACGUCAUCGCCGACGUCACCCGCUUCCUGCGGGACAGCGUGGAGCACUGCAUCAUCGGCGUCACCAUCCUGUCGCAGCUCACCAACGAGAUCAACCAGGCGGAUGCAGCGCACCCGCUGACCAAGCACAGGAAGAUCGCCUCGUCCUUCAGGGACUCGUCGCUCUUGGACAUUUUCACGCUCUCCUGCAACCUCCUCAAACAGGCCUCGGGCAAGAACCUGAACCUGAAUGACGAGUCUCAACACGGGCUGCUGAUGCAGCUGCUCAAGCUGAGCUACAACUGCCUCAACUACGACUUCAUCGGGACAUCCACCGACGAGUCGUCCGACGACCUGUGCACGGUGCAGAUCCCCACGUCGUGGCGCUCGGCCUUCCUGGAUUCGUCCACCCUGCAGCUCUUCUUCAACCUCUACCAUUCCAUCCCGCCUUCUCUCUCCCCGCUGGUGCUGUCGUGUCUGGUCCAGAUCGCUUCGGUCAGGAGGUCCCUCUUCAACAAUGCCGAGAGAGCCAAGUUCCUGUCGCACCUGGUGGACGGAGUCAAGAGGAUACUGGCCAACCCGCAGUGUCUGCCGGAUCCCAACAACUACCACGAGUUCUGCCGGCUGCUGGCGCGGCUCAAGAGCAACUACCAGCUGGGCGAGCUGGUCAAGGUGGAGAACUACCCUGAAGUCAUCCGCCUCAUCGCCAACUUUACCGUCACCAGCCUGCAGCACUGGGAGUUUGCCCCCAACAGCGUUCACUACUUGCUGAGCUUGUGGCAGCGCCUGGCCGCCUCGGUGCCCUACGUCAAGGCCACCGAGCCGCACCUGCUGGAGACGUACACCCCCGAGGUCACCAAGGCCUACAUCACGUCGCGGCUGGAGUCGGUCCACGUCAUCCUCAGGGACGGCCUGGAGGACCCGCUGGAUGACACCGGCCUGGUUCAGCAGCAGCUGGACCAGCUCUCCACCAUCGGCAGGUGCGAGUAUGAGAAGACGUGCGCUCUGCUGGUGCAGCUUUUCGAUCAAGCGGCGCAGAGCUACCAGGAGCUGCUCCAGUCCACCAACUCGGGCGCCGCCGACGUCACUGUGCAGGAGGGUCGCCUGACCUGGCUGGUGUACAUCAUCGGGGCGGUGAUCGGCGGCCGCGUGUCCUUCGCCAGCACCGACGAGCAGGACGCCAUGGACGGCGAGCUGGUCUGCCGAGUGCUGCAGCUGAUGAACCUGACCGACUCGCGGCUGGCUCAGGCCGGCAACGAGAGGCUGGAGCUGGCCGUGCUCAGCUUCUUCGAGCAGUUCCGCAAGAUCUACAUCGGCGACCAGGUGCAGAAAUCUUCCAAGCUGUAUCGGCGGCUGUCGGAGGUGCUGGGCCUCAAUGACGAGACCAUGGUGCUGAGCGUCUUCAUCGGCAAAAUCAUCACCAACUUGAAGUACUGGGGCCAGUGUGAACCCAUCACCUCCAAGACCCUGCAGCUUCUCAACGACCUCUCCUUGGGGUACAGCAGCGUCCGCAAACUGGUCAAGCUGAGUGCCGUGCAGUUUAUGCUCAACAAUCACACGCAGAGCGAGCACUUCUCCUUCCUGGGCGUCAACAACCAAUCCAACCUGAGCGACAUGAGGUGCCGCACCACCUUCUACACCGCGCUGGGGCGCCUCCUCAUGGUGGAUCUGGGUGAGGACGAGGAGCAGUUUGAGCAGUUCAUGCUGCCGCUGACUGUGGCCUUUGAGGCCGUGGCCCAGAUGCUGAGCACCAACACCUUCAACGAGCAGGAGGCCAAGAGGACGCUGGUGGGCCUGGUCCGAGACUUGCGAGGGAUCGCGUUUGCCUUCAACGCCAAGACCAGCUUCAUGAUGCUCUUUGACUGGAUAUACCCGGCCUACAUGCCCAUCCUGCAGCGGGCCGUCGAGCUGUGGUACCACGACCCGGCGUGCACCACGCCCGUACUCAAGCUCAUGGCCGAGCUGGUUCACAACAGGUCGCAGAGGCUGCAGUUUGACGUGUCGUCGCCCAACGGCAUCCUGCUCUUCCGGGAGACCAGCAAGAUGAUCACGACCUACGGCAACCGCAUCCUGACGCUGGGCGACGUGCCAAAAGAUCGGGCGUACGCCGUCAAGCUGAAGGGUGUCAGCGUGUGCUUCGCUAUGCUCAAGGCGGUGCUGAGCGGCAACUACGUCAACUUUGGCGUCUUCCGCCUGUACGGCGACGACGCCUUGGACAACGCCCUGCAGACCUUCAUCAAGCUGCUGCUGUCCAUCCCGCACAGCGACCUGCUGGACUACCCCAAGCUCAGCCAGUCCUUCUACUCCCUGCUGGAGGUCCUCACUCAAGACCACAUGAACUUUCUGGCCAGCCUGGAGCCUCACAUGGUCAUGUACAUCCUGUCGUCCAUUUCCGAAGGCCUCACCGCACUCGACACGAUGGUGUGCACGGGCUGCUGUUCCAGCUUGGACCACAUGGUCACGUAUCUGUUCAAGCAGCUGUCGCGCUCCACCAAGAAGCGAGCCACGCCCAUGGCCACCGACGAGCGCUUUCUCCACAUCAUGCAGCAGCACCCUGAGAUGAUCCAGCAGAUGCUGUCUACCGUGCUGAACAUCAUCAUCUUCGAGGACUGCCGCAACCAGUGGUCCAUGUCCCGACCGCUGCUGGGACUCAUACUCCUCAACGAGAAGUACUUUGCGGACGUGCGUAACAGCAUCGUGAACAGCCAACCCCCGGAGAAGCAGCAGGCCAUGCAUCUCUGCUUCGAGAAUCUCAUGGAGGGAAUCGAACGCAACCUGCUCACCAAGAACAGAGACAGGUUCACGCAGAACUUGUCGGUGUUCCGGCGGGAAGUGAACGACAGCAUGAAGAACUCCACGUGCGGCGGCGGCGUCAACAGCAACGACAUGAUGAGCUGACGUUCCACGCCGACGCGUCUCCACCUGGCGCCGGGCAGACCGCGGGCCCGCCACCUGCGGCCCAUCAGCACCCGUCCCGUCCGGCCGGCCGGCCUGGCCCCAGCAGGCCUCGCCCCGUCCCCUUGUUGAUAGGAGCAAAUAUAAAUAUAUACAGAUCUAUUUUAACGCCGGAGAGAAGGGCGGGCACGCACGGUGGCGGCAGCGGUCAAAUAGUCCAACAUGCUAGCCCGCCUUGUACAGAAGACCACAAAGUCCAGUGUACAUUUUGUUUGCUAACAUUUUCAGUCAUGUUUAUAUGAUAGUGAUGGGACGAAAAGAAAACCAGACCGACGUGGUGUAAAUAGUCUUCAAAGGCGCGUCCACUUUGCACUCCGCCGAAACACACAAGAGUGCGCAGAGGUCAGGCGAGGCGGCCGGGCCGGGCCGGGCAUCCUCCUGGGCCGGGUCCUUUCCCAAAGACGGAUGGGCCUCGUCUCUACCCGAGCGUGCUCCUUCCAACUUUUUGUUUACUUUGUGGAUUCCUGGGACCAGGUAGUAGUCCUUUUUGGUGUGGUGUGCGCGUGCCACGGUGCUGUGUGGAAGGAACACUGGCGCCGCCCGGAAGCAGGAAGGCAAGGCGCUCAGGUAUGCGUCCACUUCCUGCUUUGUGACUGAUGUGAAUGUGGCGUUGCCGCUGUGUUUGACUGCAAAUAAACCUCACCCUUUUUACAA